AUGCCAAAAAAUCAUAACACCAAUUCGACAAAAAAUAAAUACCAUAAGAGUACAUUCCAACCUCCUUAUGCCUAAAAUGUAAUCCCUGUGAAUUAGGGAAUCCAUAAAUUAAUUGAUAGAGCAAUAAGACUUUUGAAGGAUGAAAGUAAUUAAUCAAAUUUACAUUAGAAUUUACUUCUAUUCAUUUAGUUGCUUAUGAGAAAACAGCUGCUAAUGCUAUAAUGAUGGCAAAAAUUUUGAAAGAAAAAUUUCCUAAACUUCAUGAAGUAUGAAUAUAUUCAUAAUUUAUUCUAGAUUUCUCUAAUCGACAACAUUGAAAAAUUUUACCAUUACUAACCUUUGGAGGAGGGAUUAGUCGAUGUUAACAUAAGUGUAAAAAUCUCAUCCAUCAUAAUCAAACUUACCUUUAAUCCGACUUAGGAGGAAAUGUAAAAGCCAGGAUAUUAAAAAUCUUUAUUCGAUGAGAGAUCUGAAUCUCUUAAACAUCAAGAUCCAAUGAUUAGAGAGCUGUAUGACCUUUCAUCAGCUAACGAUCUCUAGUAAGAAGAAGAAAGCUCAGAAGAGGAAGAUCAGGAAUAAACAUAAGAAGAAUAAGUUGAUAAUAAAGAAGGCGAAAGAUAUUAUAGAAGUUAAGUAGAAUUUAAAUCCUCUCUACAUGAAUCAAUUAUCAAGCAUAAAGAUAUCUAUUCAUCACUUUAAUAGGAUUAAGAUUAUUUCAAUACAAACACUGAUUAACCGAAUUAAUUCAACCAAACUUUUGAUUAAAUGAAUUAAUCCAAUAAAAAUUUCACAUAUAAUUAUAGAUAAGAGUAGGAAGUGCAUUAGCAAAAUAAGUUUUAGAGAUUUGAUCCCAGACCACAAGAAUAUUUUGACUAUGCUCAUAAUUUUAAGCAUUCUAAAGUACUUGAUGAUGAUGGCUUUGAAGAAAUAUCUCUUCCAAGGUCGAAUUAAAAUCCUAAUUUUAACAGUUAGAAAUUCUAACCUUAUCCUCCUUCCCAAUAACAAAGAUAAAUGCGUGACCAUCAUUAAUAAUAAUUUUAAUAAGAUUUUGGGAAUACUGGUAAUUACCAUAACAAUAAUAACAGAAAUGUUAGAAAUAAUGAAUUAAGAAAUAAAAGAAUGGAAGAAUAGUUUACAGAUUCUUAAUCAUAAUUCUUUCAUCAAUCAAAUGUAUAGCACCAUUAAAAUUAAAAUGAUGGAACAUAGAGAAGCUUCCAAAAUUAAAAUGAAUUUUCUUAAUUUAAUUAUCCAAACUUUAAUUAAAAUUUUAUUAGGGAUGAAAGGAGCACGAUUAAUAAGUAAUAAAGUAACAUGGAUAAUAUGAACUAAAACAGAGAUAGAAGAGAUAAUAGGGAUAACAGAGAAAAUAGGGAUAAUAGAGAUAAUAGGGAUAAUAGGGAUAAUAGGGAUAAUAGAGAUAAUAGAGAUAAUAGAGAUAAUAGAGAUAAUAGAGAUAAUAGAGAUAACAGAGAUCAUAGGGAUAAUAGAGACAACAGAGAUAACAGAGAUAAUAGAGACAACAGAGAUAAUAGGGACAAUAGGGACAAUAGGGACAAUAGAGAUAACAGAGACAAUAGGGAUAAUAGAGACAAUAGAGAUAACAGAGAUAAUAGGGACAAUAGGGACAAUAGAGAUAACAGAGACAAUAGGGAUAAUAGAGACAAUAAAGAUAACAGAGAUAAUAGAGACAAUAGAGACAAUAGGGAUAAUAGAGAUUAUAAAAAUAAUAAAGAAAGGAAGGAUAAUAGAGAAAAUAAAGAAAAGAAAGAUAGAAGAGAAAAUAGAGAUAAUAGGGACAAUAGAGAUAAUAGAGAUAAUAGAGAUAACAGAGACAAUAGAGAUAAUAGAGAUAACAGAGACAAUAGAGAUAAUAGAGAUAACAGAGACAAUAGAGAUAAUAGAGAUAACAGAGACAAUAGAGAUAAUAGAGAUAACAGAGACAAUAGAGAUAAUAGAGAUAACAGAGACAAUAGAGAUAAUAGAGAUAACAGAGACAAUAGAGAUAAUAGAGAUAACAGAGACAAUAGAGAUAAUAGAGAUAACAGAGACAAUAGAGAUAAUAGAGAUAACAGAGACAAUAGAGAUAAUAGAGAUAACAGAGACAAUAGAGAUAAUAGAGAUAACAGAGACAAUAGAGAUAAUAGAGAUAACAGAGACAAUAGAGAUAAUAGAGAUAACAGAGACAAUAGAGAUAAUAGAGAUAACAGAGACAAUAGAGAUAAUAGAGAUAACAGAGACAAUAGAGAUAAUAGAGAUAACAGAGACAAUAGAGAUAAUAGAGAUAACAGAGACAAUAGAGAUAAUAGAGAUAACAGAGACAAUAGAGAUAAUAGAGAUAACAGAGACAAUAGAGAUAAUAGAGAUAACAGAGACAAUAGAGAUAAUAGAGAUAACAGAGACAAUAGAGAUAAUAGAGAUAACAGAGACAAUAGAGAUAAUAGAGAUAACAGAGACAAUAGAGAUAAUAGAGAUAACAGAGACAAUAGAGAUAAUAGAGAUAACAGAGACAAUAGAGAUAAUAGAGAUAACAGAGACAAUAGAGAUAAUAGAGAUAACAGAGACAAUAGAGAUAAUAGAGAUAACAGAGACAAUAGAGAUAAUAGAGAUAACAGAGACAAUAGAGAUAAUAGAGAUAACAGAGACAAUAGAGAUAAUAGAGAUAAUAAAGAUAAUAGAGAGAAAAAAAAAGAAAAAAGAAAAAAUAAUGAUAAUGAUAAUAGAGACUAAAAUUAAAUUUAAAGGAGCAAAAUAGAAAACAAAUAACCAUAAUAAAGUCAAGUAACCAGCAAUUUUGAUAAAAGGAGAGAACUUAAUGAGAAAAUGUCUGCUCCAAUGUGA